GGGAGUGCAGAGCGAGGGCCCGAGCCAGCCGCGCAGCGCGUCCCAGUCUGGCCCUGGAGCCCCGCGCGGAGCAGCGCGGUGCAGGUGCGGCGGGGCCGGGAUGCGGACGCCCGCGGUGAUGACGCUGGGCAUGGUGCUCACGCCUUGCGGGCUGCUGCUCAACCUGGUCAGCACGCUGGCCCCCGGCUGGCGCCUGGCCACGGGCUUCCUGGACAAGCCGGUGGACACCGUCCUGUACCAGGGCUUGUGGGACAUGUGCCUGGAGCAGAGCAGCCGCGAGCGCCAGUGCGGCCAGCACGACGAGUGGGGCUACUUCUCCUCGCAGCCCGUGCGCGGGGCCCGCGGCCUCAUGGUCACGUCGCUGGCCACCACUGGGCUGGGGCUGCUGCUGGCGACCCUCGGCGUGCGCUGCUGGCAGGACGAGCCGCACUUCGCGCUGGCCGGCCUCUCCGGUGUCGCGCUCUUCGUCGCGGGCCUCUUCAGCCUUGUCCCGGUGUCUUGGUACAGCCACUUCCUGCGGGACCGCGAGGUCCUGCCCGGCCCUGCCAGCCCGGUCACGAUGCAGGUCAGCUACAGUCUGGUGCUGGGCUACCUGGGCAGCUGCUUGCUGCUGCUGGGCGGCUUCUCCCUAGCGCUCAGUUUCGCGCCCUGGUGCGAGGAGCGGUGCCAGCGCUGCCGCAAGGCGUCCCCCGCCGGCCCGCGGCGCAGCAGCAUCAGCACGGUCUACGUGGACUGGCCCGAACCCGCGCUGACCCCGGCCAUAAAGUACUACAGCGAGGGACAGCACCGCCCGCCGCCCGCCGAGCGCCACACCGCCGCCAAGCCCAGGGUCGGCUUCCCCAUGCCGCGGCCGCCGCCCAGGGCCUACACCAACCCGGUGGACGUGCUGGCCGGGGAGCGGGAGCAGGCGGCCGCCUCCCAGAGCGCCUCCUCGCGCAGCACCCGGCCCUGCCACAGUUCGCUGCCCUGCGACUCGGACCUGUAGACGCCGCGGCCCACCUCUGCUUGCUCCGCACAGGCUCUGGGCUCAGCGCGGGUCCGAGGGUGAUCAGCUUCCCUCCCUGCCCUGUUCAACUUGGAACGAAGGUACAGCAAGCAGGCUGUUACCGCCCGGCUCAGAGUUGGAAGACCUUACAGCGAGCCUCCUUCCCAGCGGCCGGAGUCCUGGAGGAUUAGUUCAGCUUGGGUUCGGUUUGAUUUUUACAGAGCUUUGUUUUCUUCUCCAGAGGGAUUGGGUCCUCUUACAGACUAACCGGUGCUCCUAUUUUCUUGCCGAAGGAGAUCAAGAAAGGGCAGUGUGUGUGUCGUGUUGACCAGGGACAGUUACAAAAGUUGAAAUCAGCAAAUAAAGGCUCACAAGCCUGGAAACUACAGUGUUUUAAAAUGUU